AUGCGCACUCUCCAGACAGCUUAUGAGAACACUCAGUCAUGCGGUUACAUCCACAACGCCCUUGCGGUCGUUUCCGAGCUCAGUAUACUCCGUCAGAGUUUGCCCGCCAUCCAGGCCCUAGUAGGCAUGGCCAUCGUCCUCCAAGGAUCGCCCAACCCACAGGUGUCCUCGGUGCUCACGGCCGCUGCAGUGCGACUGGCACAAGCCAUGGGUUUACACAGAAGAGCGCAAGACAAGGGCCUUCCUGAGAGACAAGUCGAACAGCGCAAACGUGUCUUCUGGGCUGCUUAUUUCCUCGAUAAGGAUAUCAGUCUCCGUCUGGGCCAGCCUUUUGCCCAGGACGACGACGACAUGGACGCCGAGUUGCCCUCAGAAAGCCCAACCGACUUACCGCUCAUCAGCCUCGGGGGCGGGUUCCGGAAGAUUAACUUCUUCAACGCCCGGAUCGGACUUGCUGUGAUUCAGGGGCAAGUCUAUAAAAGGCUGUACUCCGUCCAGGCAGCGAGGCAAUCUGAAGCGCAGAAGGCGUCUGUGGCUCACGAACUGAGCUCCGUGCUGUCGUACUGGAGAGGCAGUGUGCCGGUUGACUUCGAGGACGAGGCAGAAGUACCGCCACAGACCCCUCUUCCGGUCGAGUUCAUUCACAUGCUCAUUCUGCGCUUCACAUAUGUCAAUUGCCUUGUCAUGGUCGACCGUCAUUUACCGCCGCCUGACUCCACAUCGGCCCACACACUGGACACUGCACUCGCUGGAUCGUUCAUGUUUACAGAAAGUCUCUGCGUCGUUGAGUCACGCAAGGCGAUCCGUCUUAUACAAGUCACUCCACCGGGUGACUACGCAUGUGUAUGGAUUCUGCUUCACCCAUUCUUCGCUGCCGUUGAGGUUCUGCUGCACAACGUGAUCCGGUACCCUGAGUCCCCACAGGCGGCGUCAGACCUCCAUGUUGUGGAACCUUUUCUUCACCUUCUUGAGAUUCUGGCUGGUGAGAAGAGGCAAUGCUCGCGGUCUGAGGAGGCGGAGAGGAUGCAUCGGCUUUGCAAUGAGCUGAACGGCCGGGCAAGGGAGGCUGUCGAACGCUCCAGUAUGAGACUGACUUUUGGGUGA